GGUACUUAUUGAAAGGUUUUGUAGUUUGGUAGUUGGUCAUUUGGGUGAUUGAGCAGAGCAAGAAGCUGUGUGUCUAAGUUCUCUUUCCCUCUCUGUGGCCAUCCCUCAGACAUAAACUAACACCAUGCCCACUGAUGCACAAACCGAUGCUCGCUCCUUCCUGAGUGAGGAGAUGAUUGCUGAAUUCAAAGCAGCCUUUGACAUGUUUGACACUGAUGGCGGCGGUGACAUCAGCACCAAGGAGUUGGGUACUGUGAUGAGGAUGCUCGGUCAGAACCCUAGCAGAGAGGAGCUGGAUGCCAUCAUUGAAGAGGUUGAUGAGGAUGGCAGUGGCACCAUUGACUUUGAGGAGUUCUUGGUCAUGAUGGUUCAGCAGCUAAAGGAAGACCAGGCUGGCAAGAGCGAGGAGGAGCUGUCGGAAUGCUUCCGUGUGUUUGACAAGAAUGGUGAUGGUUUCAUUGACCGUGAGGAGUUUGGUGAAAUCUUAAUCGCCAGUGGGGAGCCAGUCACAGAGGAGGAAAUUGACGAACUAAUGGCAGAUGCUGAUAAAAACAAUGAUGGCAAGAUUGACUUUGAUGAGUUCCUGAAAAUGAUGGAGAAUGUACAGUAAUUAAAAAAUAUGUGUUUUGCUGCUGCUUCAAUUUAGCAACUCCUAAAACCCCUUCCACAUAUACAUAUAAUUACACAACAAUCCUGAUGAUCCAAGAGUUAGCAUUCCAAAAAUGUAAGAAGACAGCAGGGAAUUUUAGAGAAAACUGAUCCUCAAAGCUCUCCACCAUGACAGCUCUCACUCUCUCACUCACUCUGACGCUGUGGCAUUCUGAGGAUGCGUAUAAAUAUCUAUGCCGACCUUUUAAGGGCGCUGUCCACCACACAGCUGUCCUGUUUACAUCUGCCACUGUUAAGUGCAUACUUGUUAACAUUCUUACAUGGAAGAUUUCACAAUAAACCUGUUUCCCAGAUUUGCUUCAAAA